AUGGUCAGGCAUAAUAAUCAAUUGCCAGACAAUCUACCACAAUUGCAAAAUCUCGUCAAAAGAGAUCCACAGAGCUAUAAAGAUGAUUUUCUUCAACAGUAUAAUCACUUCCUCAACACACUUGAAAUAUUCAAGUUAUCUCCGGAUAAAGAGAGCAAGAGCUUAGACGAGCUUGUCAUGUUCUUAGCACAGGUUGCACAAUGUUAUCCAGAGGAUUUGAAGCUAUUUCCACAGCAACUCGUGGAUCUUUUAAGGACACAUUCGACAACACUUUGUAAAGAAAUGAGAAAUUCAUUUUGUCGAGCCUUGAUAUUGUUAAGAAAUAAGAAUUUAAUAUCGCCACUGGAUCUUCUUGAAUUGUUCUUUCAACUUCUUCGAUGUCCUGAUAAGGAACUGAGAAAGUUCCUUGAGAAUCACAUCAUUACAGACAUUAAAAAUAUGAAUUCGAAGCAAAAGGAUAUGAAGCUUAAUGCUACUUUACAGAAUUUUAUGUAUUCAAUGAUUAAAGAUUCAAAUCCAAGAGCUGCAAAAAUGUCACUAGACAUAAUGAUGGAACUUUAUAAGAAGAAUAUCUGGAAUGAUGCAAAGACAGUCAAUGUUAUUGCCACUGUUGGAUGUUUCUCAAAAAUCACAAAAGUUUUAGUUGCAUCAUUAAAGUUUUUCUUAGGAACAGACGAAGAUGACGAAAGCAGUGGAAGUGAAAGUGACGAUAAUGAGCCAGACUUAAAAGCAGCAGUUAUGGCUAAUCGUGUAAGUAAGAAAACGAAGAAAAGAACUAAACAGCUUGAGAAUGUUAAGAAAUUGUACAAAAAGUCACAAAAUAAGAAGAAGAAAGCACCAAACUUUAAUUUCUCAGCCAUACACUUGAUUAAUAAUCCACAAGGCAUGGCUGAAGAUUUAUUUAAACAGCUUCAAGACGGAAAUGAAAGAUUUGAAGUGAAAUUACUUCAUUUGGAUGUGAUAUCAAGAUUAAUUGGUAUUCAUGACUUGUUCAUAUUCAGUUUCUAUCCAUACGUGACUAGAUUCUUACAGCCACAUCAGCGACAAGUCACUCGCAUUCUUCAAUUUGCUGCACAAGCAUCACACGAGUUAAUUCCACCAGAAAUUGUUGAGCCAAUCAAUAAAACAAUUGCAAAUAAUUUUGUGACUGAAAGAAAUUCGAGUGAUGUUAUGGCUAUUGGCUUAAAUGCUAUCCGAGAAGUUUGUCAGCGAUGUCCAUUAUCAAUGAAUGAAGAUUUAUUGCGUGAUUUAGUCUUGUAUAAAAGUUAUAAGGAUAAAUCUGUUGUUAUGGCUGCACGUUCAUUAAUUGCUUUAUAUCGUGAACAAAUGCCUGACUUGCUCCACAAAAAAGAUCGCGGACGUCCAACAGAAGCAAGUGUUGAAAUAAAAUCAAAGAAAUAUGGUGAAGUUAAGGCAGCAGAGCUUAUUCCUGGUGCAGAAGCGCUUGUAAAGGAAGCAAAGAAAGUUAAAAAUGACGAUGCAGAUGACGACAGCAGCGAUGAAAGUGAUAGUGAUGAUUCUGAUGGAUCUGACGAUGGUUCAUGGGUAGAUGUCAGUCAUUCUGAAAAUGAAGUAGUUGGUUCCGAUAUCGAUGAAUCAGAGGGCAGCGAAGAAGAAACAAAUGAAGUGGACGAAAAGGAAGCAGCAAUGGAAUUAGCAUCAACUAAAAUAUUCACAGAUGCUGAUUUUAAGAAAAUCGAAACAGAACUGCUUAAAAGAAAAGUCACAAAUUCAAAGUCUAAGAAGCGUAAAGCAGAACCAGCACAGCCACAAGAAAAAUCUGAAGUUGUAAGAUUAAAGGAUAUUGAGAUGAUUUAUAAGAAACGCAGAACUGACAAGGAAGCUCGUAUCGAAUCAAUUAAGAAAGGUCGUGAAGGACGUGAAAAGUUUGGAUAUAAAGACGGUCGUCAAAACAUUCAUUGCUCAAAAACUAAUCGUGAAAAAGAGAAGAAUAAGAACUUUGGAAUGGUCAGAAAUAAGGCAAGAGGUAAGAUAAAGAAGUCGUUUAGAGAUAAGCAGAUGGCACUAAGGAAGCAUUUGAUACAGCAGAAAAAGAUGAAAUAA